AUGGCGGAAGAGGGGGCUGUCCUCAAGGUCACCAGGGACCUGAAAGCUGCCGUCUCCGCCAUCCUCCAGGGCCACGGGGCCAGGCAGCAGCCGGUGACGGACGCCAGCGCUGAGCUGCACAGACUCUGUGGCUGCCUGGAGCUGCUCCUGCAGUUUGACCAGAAAGAGCAGAAGAGCUUCCUGAGGCCGCGGAAGGAUUACUGGGACUUCCUCUGCACUGCCCUGUGGCAGCAGCGGAGGGACACGGAGCCAGCCCGCUUCGUCCUCUCACAGGACAAGUUGAAGACCCCGCUGGGAAAAGGCCGGGCCUUCAUCCGCUUCUGCCUGGCCCACGGACAGCUGGCUGAGUCCCUGCAGCUCUGCCUCUUGAACCCAGAGCUCACCAGGGAGUGGUAUGGCCCCCGGAGCCCUCUGGUGUGCCCUGAACUCCGGGAGGACAUCCUGGACUCUCUCUACGCUCUCAAUGGGGUGGCCUUCGACUUGGACCUGAAGCGGCCAGACCUGGAUGGAGCCUGGCCCAUGUUCUCAGAGUCCUGCUGCUCCAAUUCCAGCCGGACACAGGGAAGAAGACCCAGAAAGACCAAAAAUUCCCCAAAGGAGAUCUCACCCUCCUGUGGAGGCCCCAUAGGAGUUCAGCCGGAGGAGCCACACGCCAGCCAAGCCGGCUGUCUGCGAGAUGCACCCAGGGAAGACCAAUUGGCUAGAUCCUCCAGGUCCCAGCGACACAGACAUACUACACCAUUUUUAGAAAAGAAGAGAGAAGAACCCAGGAGCCUUGGACUCUCCCGGAGCAUGUGGGAACCAGAUAGGGAGGAGCUUCAGCAAGACCAGGGGAAGGGAGCCCCAAGGACGGGGAUCUGCCUGGAGAACUCAACACCCAGCAUCCCGGGACAGGGAGAGAGAGCCAAGGGGGCUCUGGAGGAGGUGAUAGGGGCAGAGGAUGAGGGCAGAGGGGUUCUGCUGGGUCCGGAGGGUCAGAGAACAACAGAGGGGACUCCUGAAGGGGAAGCAGCGUGGGGUCACGUCCGGAGGCUGCUGGGCUCCAGCCCCAGAGGGACGAUAGAGGCCGUAAUGGCAGCGAGCAGGCAGGAGUGGGAGGCGCCUAGCAUUUCGGGGAUGCCUUGGGUCUCUCAGAGUCUGGAAACAAAGGAAAGCUCCAACUCAGAGAAGCCACAAGAGCAAACAGGAGUGACCAGUGUGACCAGGAGGGAGGAACCAGCAGAGGUGGCCUUGCAGGAUAUGGUCGAGAGCCUCAGACGUGGGCUCCAGAAGACAGAGGAGCAGGCCCAGCACCAGGAGCAGCUGCUGACAGAGCAGGAGGGGGAGCUGAAGGCACUGCGGGAGCAGCUCAGCAGGUGUCGGGAGGAGCGGGCCCGGCUGCAGGCAGAGCUGGAGCAGAAGCAGCAGGAGGCCGACGGGAGGGCCGCCGUGUAUGAGGAGGAGCUUGGCGGGCAGCGGGACCUGGUCCGUGCGCUGAAGAGCAGGGUGCUGGAACUGAUUCAAGAGAAGGACGAGCUGUGGCAGAAGGUCCAGCAUCUCUCUUCCGUGGCCCCUGGAUGCUGCGUCGGCUGUAGCAAGAUCUUUGGCCGGCUGUCUCGGCGGUCCCCGUGCAGGCUCUGCGGAGGCCUGGUCUGCCAUGCCUGCUCUGUGCACUACAAGAAGAGAGAGCGCCGCUGCCCAGCCUGCUUCCAGAAAGGAGAAGCCCAGGUCGACUGACCAAGACUCGCCCAGGACCAGCCACCCCACCUACCCAGCUCCCUCCCCUGGCCCUUCCUGGCCCUCUGACCAGUCCUACCUUCUAGAAGUUGGUGAUCUAAGGCAGACAGCACUUGUGUGGACAGAUGGUGGUGUGGAGAAUGGAAGGAGCCGGGCUGGCAGUCAGGACACAGGUUCGAGCCCCACAUCUACCACGGAUGAGCCGGGCGACUUUGGGAAAGCCCUCAGCUGGCCAGGCUUUUUCUGUAAUGUGAUGGAGUCAGGCACCAUCCUCUCUAAAGUCCCUUCAGGCUCAGAAAGUCCUUGACGGAGAAUAAGACCCAGUGGCCCUGCCGUUUCUCCUGUGCACUCCCUCCUCGCCCAGCCCACCCUUCACGAGACUCAGGAACAUCCUGGAGUCUGCUUCAGGGUCUGCUUUUGUCAUGUUUCAUUUUUAACAGCUUUCUCGAGGUACUAUUGCCAUAUAAUACACUUCACAGAAAUUGUACAAUUUGAUGAGUUUUGACUUUAAUAUACACGCAUGAAACCAUCACUGUAUUCAAAAUGAUGAACACAUCCAUCACCCCAGAUGUUUCCUCGGGCCUUUUGUAUUCUCCCCCCUCCCCUCCCUUCUCCCCAUCUCCAGGCAACCACUUAUUUCCUUUUUGUCACUAGAAACUAGUUUGCAUUUUCUAGAAUUUUAU